AUGUUGCCCUACCUUAAUGGCUGCAACACGUCCAUCCUGGCUAUCCCGAUUCAUUUCAUCAUCUCGAUGAUGCCUCAUGCCGUUGCUCGCGCCAUCGCUGCUAGAGCUAGGCUACCUACCGAAAACAGCAGCAACCUACGUGCUCAGGAUACCAAAGCGCAGUUGAAGCAGCGUGUUCCUGCAGAGUCGUAUGUGAGGUACAUGCGUAUGUGUGGGUGUUAUCACACCGGGAUGGAGGCAAGUCUUGAACGAGGUUUGAUAACGGUUAUCAGUCAUCUAAUUAGAUGGCAGAGUUUUCCCCUUUUCGUUGCAGCAGUGGUCAUUGGCAACAUGGCUGGGCUGGCACAGGACGUGCUCAACGCCUUUGCAGUUUCGUUUCUUGCUGUUCGACUUGCUUGUACAAUGAGUUGUUUGCUCACGGUUACUUCGGUAGCUUCACAUGUUCGCGGCGCGCUCUGGGUUACGGGUGUUUGGAUGUGCUUGCCUAUCUUCGUUCGAGCUGCAGUGGUUAUGAGUGACAGGAAGACAAAAGAGGUGCACAGGGCGAUGUGA